AUGGAAUCUCAAGCAGGCAGGUCUAUAAUGGUUAAAAAUGUCUUUAAUACCAUUCUAGUACACCAAAUGAGUUCAUUCAAUCUCCCAGAGGAUACAAUCAACAAAAUGAACUCCUUGCAAUUACGUUUCUGGUGGAACAAAAAGGAGAAGAGAGGUAUAUUCUUAACUUCUUGGUUAGGAAACUGCCGCACGAUAGCUGAUGGAGGAUCAACCUUCAGGGAUCUGAAAUUGUUUAAUCAGGCUCUUUUGGCGAAAUCAGCAUGGAGACUCUGUACAGUUAGAAAUAGUUUAUGGGGUGGUUCACUUCAAGAUAAAUACUUCAAAACUCUUAACGCUCUUCACGCCCCUAAAAAGGCAGACUCAACAUCGUCUUGGAAGAGUAUUAGUUAUGCUUUGGGUUUCAUAUACAAGUACAGUUUUUGUUCAGUGGGCAAUAGAACUCAGAUCCUAAUCUGGAAGGAUAAGUGGAUAUUCAACGCAGGUGACCCUCCUUCUCCAGCAGAUAGUGGAAUUAAUACUGGCAGUUAUACUUUUGUAGAUGAACUUAUUGAUCAGGAAAGAAAGGUUUGGAAACAGGAUAUCAUCUCUCAACUAUUCGACCAGGAAACAGCUGCAAAGAUUCUUUUCAUGAGAAUUCCUUUAAAUAGUGAGGAUAAGCUCAUCUGGACAAAAACAAAGCGAGGAAAUUUCACGGUUAAGUCUGCCUAUCAUGUCCUAUACAACAACAAAUAUCACAAUGGAGAAGAUCAAUCAAUAACUGCAAGCAAUAACUUGCGGAAGAAAAUUUAG